GUCGACUUCAAGUAGAAGCUACGUCGUCGUCGGAGACAAGAGGACCAAAUGACAAAAACUAUGUUCAUGUUAAUCGAAUGGGUUAGAGAUCCCCCAACCUGGGAUGUAUUGCCUGUAAAGAAGGUAAUUUACGGCGAAAUCGAGGUUGGUAAUGUAUGCGAUGUGGAGUAUUUGGAGGAGUCAAGUCCAGCCAGAAUUAUAGAGUUAGGGAGCAGAAACACGUUGCUAAAAGCACUGGGAAAACUGGAGAGAGACAGGGCAGGAGGCCCAACAACAACAUCCGGGCCAAGCGGCCGUGGUCAGAGGGAGAAGCGCCCCCCUGCACCAUACUCACCUGGUGGCACCACCAGUGACAACGAUGAGUGUGUCCCCAUGAAACGCAAAAAGAAGGAAAGGGAGUCCUCAUCAAAAAAAAUUCUAAUGGAAUACUACGCCGGUCUGGCAAAGUCCUCUGGCGAUUCAGCCGGUCUGGGAAAGUCCUCUGGCGAUUCAGAUUCAGCUACAAUCAAUAGCAUGUCACACCAGCUUGAUGAGAUCUACAAUAUAUUAAUUGAUAUGAACCAUAGAAUUAGCAGGCUGGAGAAACAUAUAAUUACAAACCACAAAACGCCUAUGCCAGCAGGAGCGUCAGUACCACCAACAGUGCAACACCCACUGGCUGCACCAACAACACCAGUGCACCAACCAGCACCACCAGCACCAGUGCGCCAACCAGGACCACCAACACCAGUGCGCCAACCAGCACCACCACCCCCAUCAGCAAGUGCAACUACCAUCUGCAGCACCAACAACACAGAUGUUCAUAUAGGACUUUCCACUUCAAUAACCCAGCAUCAAUAUGGUUCAAUCAAGUGGUUUAAUGCUAAAAAGGCCACGAAGGACCUUCUUCUGGCCGUGUUUGGGAGGAGCAUACUUGCCAGCCACUCCUACACUGGCAAACAGUCCAAUGCUUUCCGGACUAAAGCAGCUAAACCCCAGCUUAACCCGGUCAAAGUGGGCGACAUUAUAAAUUACAUCACUAAACGGUUUGGGGUCGACCAGGGGGAGGUAAAGAAGGCCAUCUCCGAGAAAUGUGCGGAUCAGGAAAAGAUGGAGAAGAGGUGGACACAUUGACUGACACACACACACUGAUUAUUUGUAACAGUAAUAAUUAUGACCGCCGCACAGCGAAGCGGCG